CACGCUUGAAAUAUCAGCCUUACUAAGGCUUUGUCUACAAUGAGUCGUUAAUCGUUGGUCGUAAGAAAUUUAACCAAUCAGGUUCGCUUAGUCUUCUCUAAGAUCAACUGUGAUUGACUAGAUUUCUUAAGACCAACGACUAUCGACUCAAUGGCCGCGUUCAGCAGACACAACUGUUGAGUGAGCGCUCAGUGAUUCUUUAAUAUGAUUGGUAGAUCUAAAGGUAUUAAUCAAUCAAAACUAAGCGUUCACUCAACAGUUGUGUCUGCUGAACGCGGCCAUUGUAAACGAGGCUUGAUGCUGAACAUGAUGCUGAACUAUAUACGGAGAGGUUAGCGUGGUUGACCGGUGUGAAUUGGUGUGAAUUUCACAUCAGAGUAACCAAGAGUAGCGUACGGGUAUAUUGGUCUUUAAUUGUUGUUGUUUUUUAAAAUAAUUUAUUCAAGUUCGAAAACUGUAGAACAAUGGCCUCUUCUACCGAUGUUGCUACAAUCCGAGCACAAAGAUAUUUAAAUGAGCCAUUGAUAGAGCGAUGCAGAGAUCUGUCUCUAUUAAUAGAUGAGUCGAGCACUACUGAGCUACAGCUGGUCUUUCCCUUGCUAAUAGAUUCUUUAUUUGGAAUAGUGGAUAACAUUGGAUGGGGUCUGCAUAAUAUUACCCUCAAGAAAAAUCCACAUGAAUAUGAAGCGCUGUGUCACUUUCUCGGCCCACAAGGACCAAUGUUCUCCUUAUGUUAUAAAUUACUUCCAGAUUGUUAUCUUAAGUAUAACUUUCCGGUGUCAUAUCUUCCGUCAAAAAUACGUUCCAUGUUGGAGGAAGGUAUAAUAUCACCGUUUUACCUUGAUAAGAUAAGAGAUGAUCAAGGAACACGUGUUCCUUCAGCUUUAUCUAUGAAUCCCUUUGAAUACUACAUCUUUCAUUUUGCGUAUCACUUGACCAAUCCUUGGUUACAAUUGCAACAGCAAGAAAAUGUGUGGAUGAAUUGGGAAACGAUUUAUGUUCAAUUGGCACAUUGUUAUCUAUAUCAUUUUCUUCCAAGAGAUAAUUCUGCGGUUUUACCAGUGAUUGGGCCAUACGUGAAGAAGACGCCGCCGAGAAAAUUGACUCAGUCGCCAGAAUUUCGAAGAGAUUGUCAGAAGUUGCAAACUUUGAGACUCUUGAGACCGUCUAUAUUAUCAUCGGGAUCGGUAAGUCCUGGAUCGGGCGUGCCGCAGCAGCAAUGUCUACCGCAAGUCUGGAGAAGCGAGACCGUAGUACAAGUCUUUCUUGAUUUUUGGUUAGAAUAUACAGAAGACACGCAGCUGACUUCCCAGUUGAAUACGUCCUACUUGUCCUCAGUACCGCGACGACAUAGUAUACAUUCCGGAGAACACAUACGUCUUGUAAGAGCGUUUAUAAAGACGCUGCAUGAAUUUACAAAUAGCGCUACAGGCGAUAAGAGUGCAAUGGACGAAUUAAAAAGAAUAAUUCUUCCUUCGGUUCAAGGAAAAAUAUAUACAUUUUUGCGGAAAGCGAUAUAUCAUUGGCCUCUGGACAGUUCGUUUAGAUUGAUACUGGAAGCUUGGCUGAGCUUUAUUCAGCCAUGGAGAUAUGUACUGGGAGUAUCGUAUACUAAAGAAGGUAAAGCAGAAGAGGAAGAAAGGGGCAAGAUUCACGAUCCCAGCAGAUGGAUUUCUUUCGUUGCCAAUAAUCUAUUGGCAUACACAGUUGUAUUUCAGCAGUUGCUUCCGCGGUUUACAAGAACGGACCUGGUAGCGCCUAAGAAUGCGUUAAUGUUGUUUAGAGUUACAAAAGUAUUUUCGCAAUCGUAUUUAGCGAAAAUGAUAUGUGAAGUGGAGAGUUGUAUAGAUGAUGUAGGAUUAAGCAAAGGUCGUAUAACUACGAAUCAGUGGACAUCGAUCGUUCGGCAACAGAUUCUUGAACUGGAAGGUCCGACAUAUCAAUAUGUUCCCAUGUUUUCGACGGCCACUAAUCUGCAGGUUAUAUGGUUUUUAAGUAACAUUAAACAGGCACAUUUAACAGCGACCAGCUUGGUCGAGGCUCUGGAAGACAGGAGAAGGGGAAAGCGUUUUCUGCUUUCUCUAUGGGAAUUCUUUAGCUGUGAGGAGUACUCCUCGGACGAUAUCAGCAUAGAGGAGCGACGACGCGUCCCCGUGCUGCUGGCCACCGCUCAACAGCAGCUGAUAGAUAUAUUUCAAAUACAGCUCGAAGACAUUCCACAAGUUGCUAUAGUGGCAGAUCAAGAAUAUCACGACAGUAUUCUAUCAACUUCUUUCUGCCAUCAAUCACAGGUGGAAUCCAGCUUUGAUUCGAGCAGACCAGGUACUUUUGUACCGUUGCAAGAAGGUAGACAGACAUGUCGGUAUAUCGAAUAUAUGGGUGAUCCAGAGUUACAGCCAGUGCGAUCGAACGAAUGCGCUUUUCUUGUUAGGAACUUUUACAAGCUGUGCUGUUACAUCAAUCUCAAGUAUCGAUACGAAAUUAUCUCACUGUACAACAGACGAAGCUUCUUUGGUAGUGUCUGUCGGCAAUUGAUUGCCCCACCUACCACGGUUGUAAAGUUACCCAAACGAACGACAAAUGGAUUUACUAGUGGCUCUGAGGAACGAUUGCCACCUCGAUUAAGUUUACGAGCUUUAGCCAAUUACACCUUCCUCACAAGUAUAUCAAUUGGUAUAUUGAUCGCAUGGCUCACUAAUUAUGGUCCUUUCAUGUUUCUUGGAUUUAUAUCUUUAAUGUGGCUUAUGUGUAUAAUUAUACGUGCAAUGUUGCAACACUAUUUUCCACGUAACACAAGUGUUUUGAGACCAAGCGCGAAUGCAUCUUCCAUUAGCCGAUGAUAUUCUCGAAUUUUAAGAUGAGCUGUAAGCAAUUUUGGACGAAACAUUUCUAUGAACAGCCGCUUUGGAUAUGUGUUUGUAAGUGUGUUAAAUGAUGUAAAAUAUAAUAUCAGUAACAUUACUGUUUGUAUACUAUUUCAAGUAAUUAUGCUAAGUAUAUACAAUUGCAUUAAAUUGUA